AUGCUUACACGAAUAUCAGCGGUCACAACUGAUCACGAGACUACAGCAGCUAUUGCUGAGAAAAUGCCGAUGAUGCCUGUUUUUGAGCUGAACUUUGAAGGUUUUUCGGCGCAAAUGGAACCAUUGUAUGCAAGCUCGGUGAAGGAUCGUCUUUUGGACAUACUUCGACUACGUAUCGGAGCAAUAUUGCUUGAAAAUAAGUUAGACGCUCUAAUUGGUGUUCCAAAUCAAUUAUGGACGAGUUACCUGUUGAAUAGGACAAUGUAUCCACCAAGAUUCGAUUUGGACGAGGAAAGCAUACUUGUGCAGAAAUUAGUGAGCUCCUUUUUAUUCAAUGCGUUUUGGAAUUGCUCCAUUUCGGCCAACUCGUCCAAUUAUUUGAGCUUUUGUCUUAAAUGA